GUGCAGAAUUGUGCAGGUUUUUCAUUUUUAUAAUUAUUAUUUUGUUAUUUUUUGGGAGGGGGAAUGGGGGGCGUAUCACAGGAAGAUGGGGAUAUGGCGAGGAGGCGGAGGAUGUGGUCGACGAGGACGACUAGGAUAGCAAGGACGACGAGGAGUCAUCCAGAUGGGGGAGGCGAAAAGAUGGACGGAGAGAAAAAAGGGCGGGCAGGAGGAGAACGAGUGGGAGGAGGAGACAGGGCAGGAGGAGAACGAGUGGGAGGAGGAGACAUGUGCGACGAGGAAGGGGAGGACACGAGAAAGGGAAGGAGAGGAGGAAAGGAAGGAGACAAGGAGGCAAGGAAGAUGAGGAAGUACGACAAGGAGGAGACAAGGGAGGACGAGGAAGGGCAGGAGGUGGAUGAACAGGAGGACGAGUCCGAGGAGACGAAAAGGAGAAAGGAGGAGACAUGGAGGAUGAGGAAGGGGAGGAGGAGCAAGGUGAGGCAGUACCCCUGUAAUUUAUUUUUUCAUCUCGCUUAUAACUUUGGCGGGGGGCAUUGAACGCACCGUUUCGGCCCCUGAGGAGGGCUGACAGGUCAUUCCCCGCACACGUCGUGCGCCCCACAGGAUCGGUUGGGCAAGCGCCGCACGUAGGGAACCACUCACACGACGUGCGCUUGCAAGGAUGAAUUAAUCUAAGGGGAAAAAAAAGAAAAACAAAAGAAAAGACAAAAC